GGCGGGCGCUGCCCGGCGGAAGGGGUGGGAGUGAGGCCCGGGACGGCGAUGGCGGCAGCACCGGAGCUGCGGGAGGCGUUGGAGCAGCGGCUGCGAGACUUGGGCAUCGCCACCGUCACCGCCGAGCACCCCGAGGUGUUCACUGUUGAAGAAAUGAUGCCUCAUGUCCAGCACAUGAAAGGAGGCCACAGUAAAAACCUUUUCCUUAAAGACAAAAAGAAGAAAGGCUUCUGGCUGGUGACUCUCCUGCACAACAGGCAAAUCAAUUUAACUGAUCUCGCGAAAAAACUGGGCCUUGGAAGUGGGAACCUGAGGUUUGCUGAUGAGAACUCCAUGCUGGAAAAGCUGAAGGUGGGCCAGGGCUGUGCCACACCGCUGGCGCUCUUCUGUGACCAGGGGAAGGUGAGGCUGGUGCUGGACGCUGCCUUGCUGGAGGGUGGCCACGAGAAGGUGUACUUCCACCCAAUGACAAACUGUGCAACCAUGGGUUUGAGCCCUGACGACUUCUUGAGGUUUGUGAGAUCAACAGGGCACGAUCCCAUCAUCAUACAUUUUGAUGAGGACACAAAGUAGAUGAAAUUCACUUUUUUAUGACGAACCAUAGGUUUUGUAAAGAAAAACUGGCAAAAGUCUCAUUACAAAUAAAACUGGAAAA